UUGAGGCGUGGGAGGGUUAGUCUUACUUGGGACGCUGUGAAGGGAACACGUCCACAGUUGUGCCUCUUGACUGCUGGCACGUGGUCACGAUACUAAAUUUUUUGCUGUUUUCCAUCCCGUUAAAAAAAAAGUCACAUUAGUGUUCUGUCGCAGUGUUGAAACCCUGAGAAACAAAUUCGUCUGAGUGCUGUCCCCGCUAUAAGUAUUAGGUGACAGGAGUAGUGGAGUGGUGUAAGGCAGUAUGAGGGGUGACGGCACGGGUCUUCACAUGUUCCUUAUGCUGCUACUCCACGUCACCCAUCAGGUGGGUGUCGCGGAGGUGGCGCUGGACAACAUCGCGAUGCCCCAGGAGGAGUCCAGAGCGUAUGUCCUACCCGCCCCUGGUCUCAGACACCGCCCGGGGACACAACAAGAUCAACAACAGCAACUACAGGACAACUUCCAGCUGCUGCAGUCUCCUUCAGGUGUGGUGGGGAACCUACUGCCACUGGAACCAGGAGUGGCCAUGGCCCAGGUGGUGGCCCUGGACGUAGCCUGUCAGAGGGACCAGAUGAACGUCAGGAUUAUCUUCGACAGGUCCUUUGACGGUAUUAUGUACGCCAAGGGUUUCUACAGCUCUCCACAGUGCACCUACGUGGCUCACGGCACAGGAGGACAGGAGUUCGAGUUCCUCAUGGUGGCGGGGACGUGUGGCACCCAGUAUGUGGAGGCCCAGGGAGGACCUUCUUACCUCGAGAACAUUGUCGUCAUCCAGAACGAACCCGGCAUCCAGGAGAUAUGGGACACAGCCAGAGGUGUGAGGUGUGUGUUCGACGGGGCAGGAGGUGACUCAACCCACAGAGUGAGCGCCGCCCUCAACGUGGCUAUGCUGGACCAACAGGUUGUCUCCUUCUCUGCUGACACCAUCGCUUCCGCCUCCCUCGAUAUUCAGAUCGGACGUGGCCCCUUCGCCCCGUCUGCUUCAGGUAUGGUGAAGAUCGGAGAGCUAAUGACGAUGGUGGUGGGUGUGGAAGGACCCGCCAACGCUGACCUGUUGGUGAGGGAGUGUGUGGCUCACGACGGCUCUCACCAGAACCCUUACCAACUUACUGACGAGAACGGGUGUGUACUGGGGAGCAGGAAGAAGCUACUGGGAUCAUGGCAGAAGACCAGGGACACGGGCAACCCCCAGGUGUCUGUCAUAUCGUACUCACACUUCCAGGCAUUCAAGUUCCCGGAUAAGAACGACGUGUAUAUUGAGUGCCAGGUGGACUUGUGUACCGAUGGCUGCCCUGUGUGUCUUGAGGACGGGGGAGGUCGUAAGAAGCGCUCCCUGCCAGUAUCCAGCCACAGAGGAGACGACAGCAGGCGGCAGGACGAAAGCGAAGACGAGGGAGAGGAGGGCGCGGGUGGCCUAGGCAGCAGCAGGAGUAACAGAAUCAACAACAAGAGGGGCAGUAAGAACGAGAGUGUGACUGAGCCUGUGAGGCUGGCCAGAAGGCUGAGGGUCAUCUCUCCCGAGGACUACUCCCUCAUACGCGAUACUCCCAUCACCCUCGUCACCAAGGAAGCUGAGGCUGGUAACGGGGACAUGUGUAUGAGCGUGUCGGCGUUCGUGGCAGGUCUUGUGGUUAUGUUCGUGGUGCUGGUGUUGUCGUCCGUGGUCACCGCUCUCCUCUGCAUCCGAAUCAGGACCAUCCCCUCCGCCUCCUCCACCUACCCACCCGACACCUCCUUCCACGCCUUCAGCACCGUCUCCGGCAAAACCUUCUGAAUGGGAGAAAGAGCGCGAUGGGGGAGUGGUUCUCCCGGUGAUACAAGCUUGAAAAUCAGAUUAAUCUAGAUCUUCUUGGAGGCCAUAGGAAGACUUGGAGAUAACAGGGAGAGAUUUCAGAGACUCUUAGGAUAUCUUGGAGACCACUUUGAGGUUGUUUGGUGAGAUUUGGAGAUCCUAGGAGGUCUUUAGAGGUCACGAAGAAAUAAGUAAAUAAGGAAGAGACGAAGAGGAGACACUAACAACAAGAGAACCUAAAUCGUCUCACCAAAGGCUUACAAUCUCUGAGGACGCUAAAAAAGUACCCCCUAAAAUACAAUAAAAACAGAAAACGGAAAAGUAACAGAAAGAAGGAGGAGAAACUAAUCUUUUUUCAUAUAGUUACAACAAGUUAACGAAGGAUCCACAACUUACCAUAAGAAAUGUACAGUAUAUACGAGUUACAAUUAGAGUGACGAAAUUCUCCUUGUUGUGUAGUGAUGGUUGUGACAUAAGUGAACGAGAUAGUAUAUGUGUAAUUAAAAGAUGAUUCACAAUACAAUCAGAUGCGUUCUGAUAUACUAAUGUGUGUGAGUGAGUGAGUGUGUGUGUGUGUGUGUGUGUGUGUGUGUGUGUGUGUGUGUGUGUGUGUGUACUUAAACCCCUCCUUGUGGUUGUGAUGCUACGGGUUAUUUACGAUUGUAACGUAAUUAAAAAUGAAUGGAAGGUAAAUAGCCAAUAACUUUAUCUGAGUCAAAGGGUUUCUCACCUGGUCAAACAUAGGCCCCAUCUGCCAUAGUAUAGAAACAACAUAUAAAUAUCAACAAACCCCAAAACGAAUAUAUGUACAUAGAAAACAAUAUAUCUACGGUAUAUAUUUACUCAGUAUGUGAUAUUUUGAGAUAUAUGUAUGUGUGAUAUUUUCGAGAUAUGUAAAAUAAUAACAACACAAUGAUCAAGGUAGUUACCAUAGAGACGGUCUUGUAAAGGUCAUGAAGAUAAUGACCCUCUGAAUUGUGUUAUCGUGUUGGGUCACUCUAGGGCAAAACAAAGGAUAAAACAAACUAUUAUUUUUUUUUUUGGAGUGAAUUUUGAAGUGUUGUAUGAUGUUAUUAUAUUUCGUGUUUAAUUAGUGAUUAUCUAGGCUGGUGUUAUGUGUAUGUGGGUUCCAGUGUGUAUGUAUCAUAAUGUAUAUCGAGUCAUUUAUAUAUAUAUACAAGUUGGGUAUUAACAUUUGUGCUUUAUGCUUCAAGGUAUUUAUAUUUUAUGUUGUUUAUAUAGUCUGUUGUUGAUCAUUUUGUCUGUUUGUUUGUUUGUUUUAAUUGGUUAAUGCUCAUCAGAAUUCAUCUUGUUUUGAUCUGAUUAUUGUUAUUUAUUGGUUGUUGUCGUGUGUGUGUGUGUGUGUGUGUGUGUGUGUGUGUGUGUGUGUGUGUGUGUGUGUGUGUGUGUGUGUGUGUGUGUGUGAAUUUCAGGUAGAGUUUUAGUGUAAUUAUAAUGAUAUUUUUGUUUGUCUAGGUCAACCAGUUAGGCACAUUCUUAUACCUUCAAUUAAUAGGAAAAUUUAACGUAAGAAUUAUUGAGACUACAGACCCCUGAUAACCCUCUUGGUCGUGACUCUGGUUAAACCUAUUGGAAAAAUGAUCUUAAUUUUGGAUUGGUGAAAUUGGUUUGAGUUUAACAUUAAUACGAACGAAAAAAAAUUAUUCUAUUUAUCCAAUGAUGAGAAUUGAAUGCCCCUUUAAAACCAAUCAGCGAGAAUGUAAACACGCCAUCGACCUAUCAAAAAUGAGUGUAUUUACUCCAUUUAACCAAUGUCCCGUUCUCCUCGCACACACCGUCAACCAAUCAAUACAGAUGCAAACAUGCCAUUAGCCAAUCAACAUAGAUGUAAACACACCAUCAACCAAUCACUGCAGACAACUGAGUAACGCCCCAGCCAAACUUUUAUGAAAUACGUAAAUAUAUUUUCUGUGCUCUGAACAUAUGAAACAAUUGUAUAUAAUAAUUUUUAAAAGUAUAUUAGGGAGGAUAUAAUAUGUUAUGUGCUGUCAAAUUGUUUUGUUAGCUGCACUGUAAGUAAUGUUUGUGUUUGUCGUAUAUAAAUAAGAAGAUUUGUUGAGUGGAAAUGGAAAUUGUGUUUAGUGUGCGAGAGAGAGAGAGAGAGAGAGA